AUUUUCGGGGUGUUUCUAAUUUCGGCUGCUUGAAAAUAAACAACAGCCGCCCUCCCCCCCCCCCCCCUCUCUCAAUUCAGAAUUGAUGUCUUUUUUUUUAACAAACCCUUUUCACUCAUUAUGUCUCGUCCGUCGUCGCAAAUUGAAAUAAACGUAAAUCACAUCAAAGAGUGUUUGCUUCGCAACGGAUUUGUUGGCCAUGUGGCUCACCAAUCGGGAAAGAUAUUCCACGAACAAGAAGAUGGGCUGCUGGCGCCAGCCAAAGUGACUGGCACACCGUCAACGUCAGACGAACUCAAACAUCUGCUUGUCGUGAACGUCAUACGCAAUAAUACACACAUCGUUGAGCAACUUUUGAAGGAUGGAAACAAAACAGUUGGUGGGAUGUUUCCUUUACCGGCUGGGGUUUACGAAAUCCUCCACGCUCUGCUACCUCUGUUCUCGUUUACCAGAGAGGAACCACCAGCUGAUCCAAAGUCUCUAGACCGUUUUGUCACCGAUUUGUCAGACUUGCUGAAAAAGUCAUUCAAUUGGCUAGAUGAAGAAGAUGUCUUCACUAAAGCCUUGAAGUGGCUCAAAGAAAAAGUCUGCUUUGCCGUCUGGUGCCUUGAUCAAUCCUUCUGCGGCCCUGGGACCUCCCUGAAGACAAUCUUGGAGCUGUGCACUCAACAACCAUCCAAUUUAAACACACUAAAAUCUCUGGGUGGCCUGCAACUGGUCAAUCAACAGGAUGUAUCUGCCUUUCUUGACUAUCAUUCCAUCAAUGUUUACAGGGGAUUCCUGGCCCUUAGCGGUUUCAUUCAGUACCUCUUCAAACCUUUUCAAAGGUCGCAGAACAAAGCCACCAACCUGGAAGAGGUUGACAGCCUCAUCAGAGACAUCAAUUGCAAAGAAAUGAGUCUCCAAGUCAUGGAGGAUGUAUUCUCUCUCUGCUUCCUGAGGAAAGAAGACAUCAUCUUUGAGGACACUGCCUCAGACAGUGGGGUAGAAGAAAUCAAGUCCGAAGAAGUCUCCAAAUCCAAAAAGAGUGGAGAGCCUUCUUGCCCAUCAAACAGUAACAGUCCGAGCAAUACUCAAACGGGGACGUCUAGCACCGCCUGUUUGGCAGGCAAAAAGGGCGACAUGUCGCUCGGUUUUCUGUGCCAGGACUCCGAUAAACUCCAGAAAUCGCUCGUGAUGCUCAAAAUGCGGCUGGAAGCCAUUCAGGUUGGCGACGACGCGGAAUUAUCGCUGCGGCAUCGUAAACUUGAGCAGCGCGUCAGUCAAGCCCUUUGGAGACUGCAACUUGUCGAUUACGAGCCCCGGACGGCCAGCUAUUUCUCCCGUCCACGACCGCCGCAAGAUGGCUGCAUUGUCGUACGCAAAGCCUGGCUGGCCCGCCUCAAUCCGUCGGUGCAGACCUGGUACGGCUACAACGGCGGCCGUCGUAAAUUGCGUCCGCCGAGCUCGGCCAAGGCGAGCAAGGCAAUCGACCGACACAUUGAUCCGCUGCUGGUCAACCAGCUGCUAGCUGAUCCGCUUUCAUUGAUGGCCAUGUCCAUGAUGAAUUCGCAAUUGUCUGCCGCCCGUCAAGUGGCUGAUUUGUACCAACUCUGGGAGACUCCGCAGGGACGGGAAUUGCAUUUCAGUUUAGCCCACGCUUCCGCCGCCCAGGAGCUCCGUCGCAUCGGGCGCCAGAUCGCUGGCUCGCAAGAUCCUAAAGUUGAGUCCCUCAGUCACGUCCGUCUACCGUCGGCCGUCGAAACUCAACUCAGCACGCUACAGCAGGCCGUCGUGCCUUCGUUGACUGCCGAUGACGACUGGCAAUCGGCCGUCUUGAUGGCCGAUCUAAUCAAUUCUUCCACUUUAUCCACACCAGAGCUCAACGUCCAGCUACUCAAUUACGCACUGCGACGGAUCGAAGGCACGGUCGACACCAAUGUCGAGCCGUGGCGCACCCUGAAACGUUUCACCGAUUCCAGCAAUUACCUCCUACCGGCCGGAUCGUCUCCUGCCCAGUCUCAUCUGCCAUUCGACGUGGAGCGGCUUAAAGAGCGGGCCGAGCGUUUGGAAUCCAUCGGCGCUGCAUUUCGUCAGCUCGUCGAAGCGUCUCAGUUGGGCGGUGGAUGCAACCAUCCGGAUCCCUUCGAUUCGGCAUUGGAAAUCUUGGACCGAAUUCUCGGCGGCCAGUCGACUCCUCUACUCCGGAUGAAGCGUUACUUGGGCAUUUUACGGCAGUUAAUUCCGUCGCGAUUGCAGGGGGAAAGCCCCGCCCGUCUCCUGGAAGUGCACCACGUCGCCGUGUUGAUUAUGGAGCGGUUGCGGGAGCAACCGGAAGCCAUCGAGGAAAUGGAAACGAUCGCCCAGUCGAUGGGAAUCGAACUGCCAGCUUUCCUGGCCGAAUGCCUUUGCUCCAUUCCGGAUUCGGGGGCCAAAUUGGUCGACCUGUCGGACCGUGAAUUCGUGGUCAAAUUAAUCACUUACCUCCACGCCCGUUGUCCAAUCCUGGCCCAAGUUGUUGAGCUCCAACUGCAGACCCGACACGGUUUCUCCCAUUUUCCAGAUCUGGACAGACAGUUCGGCACCGAAUGCUUGGCUCUGUUCCGGCGCUACCUGGAACGGCCGUCCCAAUUGGGUCGGCCAAAGGAGUCAACGACGUGUCCGCCCGUAAACUCCAAACCGCCCAAACGGGCUCACGUCCGCCCACUGCCGGAUUCGCCAUCGCCCAUUGUGGAUGCCCAUAAUUCAUUGCUGGCCGAGUCGGAAGAGGAGCCAACCGCUCGAUUAGGAGCCCUGAUCCUGGAAGCCAUUCCUCAAGCCUCGGCCAAACAGCUGGAGCACUUGUUACCCCAGCCGCUUUUGAUUGUCGAACAACUUUUGAUGAACAGUCAAAUGGGCCUGGCCACCGAUUUGGUCAAAGUGCUGAGGCUCAACGGCCCCGACGAGGAUAUGGAAGAGAUUGACAAGCUCCUCCUACGUUACGCAACCAAAGCCCUGGCUCUCGGCCUGCCGGAAAUUGCAUCUUCUCCUCCUUCCAGGGAUUCUUCUUCCAAAGUCCAGCAGGUCGAUCAGAUGAGCAAGAAGAAGAAAACGGGCGCUUUCGAGCUGCCACCCACCGUCCCGCCCAAGGAGCAAUGGGUCAAAGAUGCCGAUGUUGACCAGUGUCCCUGCUGCAAGAUGGUCCAGUUCUCCAUGUUCGAUCGGCGCCAUCAUUGUCGCCGUUGCGGCCGUGUCGUCUGCUCCGUCUGUUCUCCUCACAGGAGACUAGUCGACGGUUACGGCGACGUUCCAGUCCGCACCUGCGUCGACUGCCACUCCACCCUGCAGGAUCGCUCGGAAUCGGAGCCUCGAUCCGUCCGUUCGACAGCCGGAGACGGCGGCCAGCUCGUCUGGCGAUUGUCGCUAGAAGCCCUGCACAACCAAAUUGCCCGGCGUGAAUUCAGUUACGAACACGCUCCCAAUUUGGCCUUGGCCUUGGCCAUGGUACAUUUGUGCCACUGCAAUGAAACGAUGGCUAAUUUCCUUCUGGAUCAGAGCAGCUCCAUGCUGGCCACUUUACACCGCUACCUCCUUCACGGCACUUUGAUGGACGUUUGCUCCGAUCCUUUGAUGAUGUUCUCUCUCAUCAAAUCGCUAAUUUUAGGCGCCAAAAUGAGGUACUCUGAUAUCAUCGCCGCCCCGAGUCAAAGCAAAGGCAAACCGUCCCGCGGCCUGGCCCGCUGCGACGCUUUGCUCGGACAAAUUGAUUUAUUAUCGCUGCUUGUCUCGGCCAAUUGCCUUCAUUUGCUUCCGCCGCAGCCAAUGUCUCAACUGGACACGUGGAGGAAACUCAGAGACCGGCUCAUCGACAUUGAACUCUGGAGUUUGGCGCUGGAUGUCAGCACCAAAGCCGGACUGGAUGCCGGGUCCGUUUGGGCUGCCUGGGGGUUAGUUUGCCUGAAAGCUGGAAAUUUUCAAGGAGCUCGACAGAGAUUUCAACGGUGUUUGAAGCCGGGCAAGAAUUCUCCACUGUUGCAAGAGAUCCUUUCAGUGUUGGAGAGCCUGAGUAUUCCCUGUGCCAGUUUGCCCGGCAACAUGAACGAAAGCAGCACCGGAAGUUCAUGGAACUCGAAACGGACCCGAAACCUAUCGUCUCCCUCGUCUCUGCCUUCGCCCGUUUUCAACUGCGACAAUCCACAGUUGAUUGUCGCUUCGCUGACUCGUCUGGGCGACAUUUGCGCUGGAAAUUUAGUCGAAGUGGAGGAUAAAAACUGCAUCAUGGAGGAAAUCCUCUUCUAUUUAGAGAGUUAUGGCCAGCCCGAAUCGCCCUGCGCUUACCUCGUCGAAAGGAGCGGAAGGAUCGAUCUGGCCGUCCACCGUUUCGCCUCCAGUAGCAACGGCCGACACAAGACGUCGGACGUCUUCAAUCAAGGACUGUUGUUGCCUUGUCUCAAGUCCAGCAAACUCGAGGAUCUGAUUAUCGAAAUGAAGCGUCACGACUCUAGUUUCUACUCGUGGAAGACUCACCUGCUGGCCGCCGCUCAAUUGCUGGAGACGAAAUGCUUUUGGAACAGUCUCUACCAGCUGCAUUGCCUUUGCGGCGACUGGAUCCGGGCCAGUUUGGUUGCCAUCCGGCGACUUUUCCUCAGCGAUCUUUUCAGCGUCGAGACGCUGAUCAGCCGGUCGCAUUUACUCGAAGAUAUUACCGCCCAUCUGAACCAGUUUCUUGGCCGUCAGCAGUCCCUGGAUCCUCAAGGCGAAAGUGAAAAGCAGUUGCCGCUCUGGUGGCCAGUCAACGAAGUGAUUUCGCUCCAGAAAACGGUCCAACUUCAAAUGAAAGUCACCAGCUUCCUGGACGCGUGUUUAAAGGAAGGGAAAUUGUCCAGCGCCUUCCUGGCCGUGGUUAAGAGCGUCACUCAGUCGCCGGACGGGAUCAGCGGUUCUUUCGGCGAAUUGAAUAGCAACAACAACAGCGGAGUCUAUUUGAUUCCCACAUUACUGGGCUCUCGACAGUUCCGGUGUUCCAGCGCCGUCCUGAUCACUUGCGCCAACCCCGACGCGUUUUCCUUUGAGCUUUCGUGGACCAUUUGCUGUGAUUUGCGUGUCAGACUGGAUCGUUACUUCCGUCUGUCGUCUUUCGUCCUGAUUCGUCGCGGUCAAGUUCCAUCUCUGAUCCAGUUAGUGGAAUUCAUCAAAGGACGAAUGACUAGUCAGUCGGUCGGCUUCUUCGACAUGGACGACCUUCUAGUCGAGUGCGCCACAUUAGUCCAGGAGCGUGACAGAGAGAGCAGGAGUCCCGAUCUUGAGCUGAUCGUUCAAUACAUCAAGAAACCAGCCAGUAAAAUCCGCGGCUUCAUCAAUCUCGGCUGGUUGAAAGCUGCAUAUCUGUUGGCCGUGAAAAACGGACAAGUCGCCGAUGUGAUACAUAUCCAGCAGGAGGCGACCCGCUUGCAGCAAAUGGCCGUUUUGGCACUUUGUGAUAAAUGGCUACGUGCCCGUAAUAUAGCCAAAUAACAGGUUACACGAGUUCCUCUUGCGUAAUCAAUGAAAAUGUUUCUUUGUUUCUUGUUUUCACUUAAUUUUGUUUUCAAAAUCUUUGUGUUUAAACAAACGCUAUUUGCAUGUAUUUUUUUUACAGCUCUCUUGGAUACGUACGCUUCAAAGAGUGCCGUAAUACGUGUCUUUCUUAUUA